AUGCUUUAUAGGAAAACUUUGUAAUUUUUGAGCAAUUAAGUUGCUCGAUCUAAAUUAGGUCAACUGCAAUAUCAAGGGAUAAUGAUGAAGGUACCUUCUUAAAUGCAAAAAGAAGAAAAUUCUGAAGAAGAUAGAUUAGUGAAGGCAUUUUUCACAAAAAAUCACGAACAAAUAAAAGUGUAUGGUCAUUCACAGAGAGAACCAAAUGAAAAGAGCAGCUCACCCAGAAAUUCAUGGUAUAAGGUAGUUUUGCCAUUCAAAAGUAAUCCCGAGCUCAGUUUUAAAUUUAGAAGAUUUUACACAAAUCAAGUAAGAAUUGGUCGUUUACUGGAAUUGAUGGAUUAUAUAGCUUCCACAGUUUCCUACAAUUAUAUUCUACCUAGCAGUGGUGCAACCAUGGUUACUGCAAUGGUAGAUAACAUUAAUUUUUUCGGAAAGAUUUCUGCUGAUUAAGAUCUUGAAAUAUAAGGAUAUGUCACCUAUGUCGGUAAUUCAUCAAUUGAAGUGUAUAUCGAUGUGAUGUAGGAAGGAGUAGUUAAUGUUUCAGCCAAUUUCUUAAUGGUAGCCAGAGAUGGCAAAGAUCAUUCAAAAGCAUACAAAGUACCUACCAUGGAUUUGAAUGGGGAAAGUGAUAAGGAAACUGCAGAAUUGAGAUGUUAUUUGGGUAAACAUAUGCAAGACAAAAGAAAAUUAUAAAAAGACAGAAGUCUUGAUAGAAAAGCACCAAGUUAGGAGGAAAUAAAUGAACUACAUAAAUUUUUCAUGAAUCCUCCCUCAGACAUUACUAUUGAUGAAACUCAAAUCGAAAAAACACUAUUGAUGCACAUUUAAGAUAGAAAUCUCCAUGGGAAAGUAUUUGGAGGUUUCGUCAUGAGAGAAGCCUUUGAACUAGGCUGGCUCAAUGCCUAUUUGCAUGUCAAAGGGUAAGGAUUCCCUUAAAUCAUUCACAUUGACGAUAUUCAAUUCCUUGCUCCAGUUGAUAUUGGAAGUGCUUUAUAAGUUUAGAGUAGAAUCACGGCUGUGAAGGACACCAUUAUGCACGUUGAGGUUAAUUGUUAUAAGAUAAGUCCCAACCAAUAGAAAAUUAGAUCAAAUGAUCUUCAUUUGACUUUAAAUGUGCCAGGCAUAGUCAUUCCUCAAGUUCAACCCAAAACAUAUAAUGAAGGUAUGCAAUGGCUGAAUGCUUGUCGUCGUAUGAAUUAUACUAUUUGA